CUGAGCAACAGCCACGACAGUGGACGCGAGCGUCUCCUCUGUGCGCAUGCGCCCGCUCAGCGGCCUGCUUCUAUUUAUGUGGGGGAUCCAACAUGGCGGCUGCGGCGACCCUGGCGAUGGCGGUGAAUCCCAUCAGAACGUAGUAGCGGGGAAGGGGGCACGGUCCGCACUCACCGUGGCGUCGGCGGAGACGGCUGAGGGUGGUGGAGGGAAGAAAAGCGACGGAGAGCAAGAGGAAGGGCGGGGAGGCACGCAGCGCGGCGUAGAGGCGAGCGCCGGCUCGAGCGAAAGCAGAGGGCCAGAACAGUGGGGAUGGCGGAGCCGCGCAGGGUAGCGUUCAUUAGCUUGUCACCGGUGCGGCGGCGCGAGGCCGAGUACCCGGGGCCGGAGCGCGAGCCCGAGUACCCCCGCGAGCCCCCCCGGCUGGAGCCGCAGCCGUACCGCGAGCCGGCCCGGGCGGAGCCGCCGGCCCCGCGGGAGCCUGCCCCCCGCUCCGACGCGCAGCCCCCGCCGCGGGAGAAGCCGCUCCCCCAGCGCGAGGUCAGCCGCGCCGAGCCGCCCAUGUCGCUGCAGCGGGAGCCCCCGCGGCCCGAGCCGCCGCCGCCGCUCCCACCGCUGCCCUUGCAGCCGCCCCCGCCGCGGGAGUCGGCUUCCCGGGCUGAGCUGCCGCCGCGGCCGCCGAGAGAGACUGUGCGCCUCGAGCUGGUGCUCAAGGACCCCACCGACGAGAGCUGCGUGGAGUUCAGUUACCCGGAGCUGCUGCUGUGCGGAGAACAACGGAAGAAGCUCAUUCACACAGAAGACCCAUUUAAUGAUGAACAUCGGGAGAGGCAAGAAGUGGAAAUGUUGGCUAAGAAGUUUGAAAUGAAAUAUGGUGGGAAACCCCGUAAACACCGGAAGGAUCGGCUACAAGAUUUAAUUGAUAUAGGCUUUGGCUAUGAUGAGACAGAUCCAUUUAUUGAUAACUCAGAGGCUUAUGAUGAAUUAGUUCCCGCUUCUCUAACGACAAAAUACGGAGGCUUUUAUAUCAACACUGGCACUCUGCAGUUUCGCCAAGCUUCAGAUACUGAAGAAGAUGAUACUACGGACAACCAAAAGCACAAGCCACCCAAAGUUCCCAAAAUAAAAGAAGAUGAUAUCGAGAUGAAGAAACGGAAGCGGAAAGACGAAGGGGAAAAGGAGAAGAAGCCAAGGAAAAAAGUACCCAAACAACUGGGAGUUGUGGCUCUAAAUUCACACAAGUGUGAAAAAAAGAAGAAACGUUAUAAAGAUUCUCUUUCUCUAGCUGCCAUGAUUAGAAAAUUCCAGAAAGAGAAGGAUGCGUUAAAGAAGGAGUCUAGCCCCAAAGUCCCAGUGACCUUGUCAACUUCCUCUCUGAAUAAACCCCCUUGUGCCCCUGCAGCACUGGGGAAUGAUGUCCCGGACUUAAAUCUGAGCAGCGCUGAUCCAGACCUUCCCAUUUUUGUUAGCACAAAUGAACAUGAGCUGUUUCAGGAAGCUGAAAAUGCCCUAGAGAUGCUAGAUGAUUUCGACUUCGACAGAUUACUGGAUGCUGCUUCUGAUGGUAGCCCCCUGUCUGAGUCAGGGGGUGAAAAUGGAACCACCACCCAGCCAACCUAUACUUCUCAGGUUAUGCCCAAAGUGGUACCUACACUCCCAGAGGGUCUACCUUUACUUCUUGAAAAACGUAUCGAAGACCUCCGUGUAGCUGCCAAACUUUUUGAUGAAGAAGGAAGGAAAAAAUUCUUUACACAGGAUAUGAAUAAUAUUCUUCUGGACAUUGAGUUACAGCUACAAGAACUAGGCCCUGUCAUUCGCAGUGGUGUCUACUCCCACCUUGAAGCUUUUGUGCCAUGCAAUAAAGAAACACUAGUAAAACGUCUGAAGAAGUUACAUCUCAAUGUCCAGGAUGAUCGUUUACGAGAACCUCUGCAAAAACUGAAACUGGCUGUUAGCAAUGUCAUGCCUGAACAGCUAUUUAAAUACCAGGAGGACUGCCAGGCUCGUAGUCAAGCUAAGUGUGCCAAAUUGCAGACAGAUGAAGAACGAGAAAAAAAUGGAUCUGAAGAAGAUGAUGAUGAGAAACCAGGGAAACGUGUCAUAGGACCAAGAAAGAAAUUCCACUGGGAUGACACCAUCAGAACUUUGUUAUGUAACCUUGUUGAGAUCAAACUGGGAUGCUAUGAGUUAGAGCCAAAUAAAAGCCAGUCUGCUGAAGAUUAUCUUAAGUCUUUUAUGGAGACAGAGGUGAAGCCCCUGUGGCCUAAGGGCUGGAUGCAGGCAAGAAUGCUUUUUAAGGAAAGCCGGAGUGUUCAUAAUCAUCUUACUUCUGCUCCGGCAAAGAAAAAGGUGAUUCCUGCACCUAAACCCAAAGUAAAGGAGGUGAUGGUAAAGACCCUUCCUCUCCAUUCUUUCCCCACUAAGUUUAAGGAGUGUAGUCCAAAAAAGGACCAGAAAACUCCUUCAUCCCUUAUGGCUCCAGUUAGCGGUCCUCCAACGAGCUCCAGCACAACUGCCGUUGCUGCAGCCAGCUCUAGCUCUGUACCAGCCCAAGAAACCAUCUGCCUCGAUGACUCACUAGAUGAAGACCUUUCUUUCCAUUCACCUUCACUGGAUCUUGUUUCUGAAGCUUUAGCGGUUAUCAACAAUGGAAACAAGGGCCCGCCAGUUGGCUCAAGGAUAAGCAUGCCAACCACAAAGCCUCGUCCAGGACUGAGAGAAGAAAAAUUAGCAAGUAUCAUGAGUAAGCUGCCACUGGCUACUCCUAAAAAACUAGAUUCUACUCAGACUACACAUUCUUCAAGUCUUAUUGCUGGUCACACGGGGCCAGUACCAAAGAAACCCCAGGAUUUAGCUCAUACCGGCAUCUCUUCAGGCCUUAUUGCUGGUUCUUCCAUUCAGAACCCUAAAGUUUCUUUAGAACCUCUGCCAGCCAGGCUACUUCAACAAGGACUUCAAAGGUCAAGCCAGAUUCACACUUCCUCCUCUUCACAGACUCAUGUCUCCUCUUCCUCCCAAGCCCAAAUUGCUGCCUCUUCUCAUGCUCUGGGAACAUCUGAGGCCCAAGAUGCUUCUUCGUUAACACAAGUAACAAAGGUGCACCAGCAUUCAGCUGUCCAGCAGAACUAUGUGUCUCCAUUACAGGCCACCAUCAGUAAAUCCCAGACCAAUCCCGUGGUGAAAUUAAGUAAUAAUCCCCAACUCUCCUGUUCCUCCUCACUUAUUAAGACUUCAGAUAAGCCACUUAUGUACCGCCUUCCCUUAUCUACCCCCUCACCUGGAAAUGGUUCUCAAGGGUCCCACCCCCUGGUUUCUAGGACAGUACCUAGCACCACUACCUCCAGUAACUAUUUAGCCAAGGCUAUGGUGUCACAAAUCUCCACGCAGGGUUUCAAAUCUCCCUUCUCGAUGGCUGCCUCCCCCAAACUUGCAGCAUCUCCCAAGCCUGCCACAUCUCCUAAACCCCUACCCUCACCUAAGCCUUCUGCCUCACCCAAGCCCUCUCUGUCAGCUAAGCCUUCAGUAUCAACUAAACUUAUUUCUAAAUCCAACCCAACUCCCAAGCCUACUGUAUCCUCUAGUAGUACAAGUCCAAAUGCACUAGUAGCCCAGAGUAGCCACUCCAGCACUAACAACCCGGUCCAUAAACAGCCCAGUGGAAUGAAUAUCAGCAGACAGUCUCCCACCUUGAAUUUAUUGCCCUCUAACCGCACUUCAGGCCUUCCAUCUACAAAAAAUCUUCAGGCCCCCUCAAAGCUAACAAACUCAUCAUCCACUGGAACUGUUGGGAAGAAUAGCUUGAGUGGAAUUGCAAUGAAUGUACCUGCCAGCAGAGGUAGUAGCAACCUUAACUCAAGCGGAGCUAAUAGGACUAGUCUAUCUGGGGGAACAGGAAGUGGAACACAGGGUGCUACCAAACCAUUGUCUACUCCACAUAGACCAUCUACCGCCUCAGGGUCUUCAGUGGUAACCGCCAGUGUGCAGUCCACAGCAGGAGCAUCAUUAUUGGCUAAUGCCUCACCUCUGACUCUCAUGACAUCACCUUUGUCUGUGUCAAAUCAAAAUGUGACUCCUUUUGGGAUGCUGGGUGGCCUUGUUCCAGUGACCAUGCCCUUCCAGUUUCCCUUGGAGAUAUUUGGCUUUGGAACGGACACAGCUGGAGUGACAGCCACGUCGGGAUCUACCUCAGCCGCUUUCCACCAUAGCCUAACUCAGAAUUUACUAAAGGGUUUACAGCCAGGAGCUCAGCAUGCAACGACGCUUUCCCACUCACCUCUGCCUGCACACUUACAGCAAGCAUUUCACGAUGGAGGCCAAAGUAAAGGGGACACUAAAUUACCACGGAAAUCUCAGUGACUGCCCAGCAAGCAAAGGAGACGAAAUGUUUAGUUGACUGAUGGAAUCUACCUGAUGGGAAAGUACUUAUGUGGUCAUAGGGCUGCUGUUUCUGUCGAUGUUUACAUUCUCUCGUCCCAAGCACUGUGGUGAGGAGGAAAAAGAAAAGAAAACAUUACUUGAGCAAAGCCAGGUGCAGGAGGAAGAAAUGCUUUUGUGCAAAGUUAGUGACCUUUGGUCUCUUCUAAAGAAAGACAAAGUUACCAUAUUAACAGACUUGAAAGACACUCAGUUGUCAAACCCACAGAAAUACAAAUUUGAUUUUUCCCGGGGGAGGAAGAAGGAAGGCAAGAGAAUUUGGGUAAACUCCAUCCAUCCUGGGGGUUGGAUCUGAACACUUACCGACAUAAUUGCAUAAUAAAAGGCAUUAAAAACUGGAAUUAGGCCAGUUUGUCAGGAAUAAUGAUCAUGUCUUUGAGUGGACUGUGUAGCAAAUUUGCCACAAAAAAAUAGAUAUAAUGAUUCUCCGAUAGGCAGUAGCUGAAGAAAUACCAUACCCUCAAAAAUCCUGAACAAACUUGAAUCUUCUCCAGUGUGUAGCAACUCCCCAUGUAAAUCAGUGGACUAAAGAUCCUUCAGGAAAGUUAUUUUAGCACAGCGAUAUAUAUCUAGAUUUUUUAAAAUCAGGAAGUUGAGCCUGUUGCUCUUAAGAGAUGAAACUUAGAUGUCCCCUUUUUGUAAAAGGGUCAAUUUCAUCUUCCGUUCAGAAGCAGGUACUUAACUCUUUUCUUCAGGUGAUUUGUGCAUCUGGUAUUGCCUGGUUAAUUCUUAUUUGCAUUCUCGAUGUUAAAAUGUGACUGUGUUCACAUUUUUCUCUUGAGAAAUGGGGAUCUUUACAGGGUUAUUGCUUUGCUGCUUUUAGCCCUUACAGCAACAUAAACUCUCUUUUAAGUUUCCCCCAAUUCAUCUAACUUUACAACUUCUCCUUCUGUUCUUUUAGCUAGUGGUACUUCAGGUGAUUAUUAGCUAUUGAUAUAUAAACAGGUAGAAGUAUAAACUGUGUUUCUUCAUUGGUCAUUCAAAUGGCAUAAAUAUAGUUUCUGAAUUUUUAAGAUGGUAUUUUAAAGGGAGGAAUUACAUUAGGAUCACAAUCACAAUAUAUUUUUACUCCCUGUAUCCAGUGUAGUGAAAUUGUUUGGAGCAUUUGAGAUCCUAAAGCUUUACUGAUACUUACUCAGUGUAUUGAUAUGUGAGUAAAUCUGCAGUUAAUAAGACUCCUUAGUUAUUAUAGCUUCCUUAUGCAAAUAGCAUAUUCAACAAAGGAUGUUAAGGUAAAAAUUUAUGGUUCUCCUUGGCUACAUUUGAUUUGACUUGGGCUUUCUUUCUUUUGGCCUCAUUAUUCUAGUUUUUUAAGCUUCUGAAUAUUUUCAGACUAUAUUGGAGAAUGGUAUAAACUCUAAAUGGUAUAAGCUUGAUCCAUUUCUAAUGACACACUAACCUAAAAAAACAACAGACUGGUACUAGCAAGAUUUCUUGCAUAUGUGCUUAUUACACAUUACACUAUACCAUUAAAUUUAUUCAAAUAAGAGUAUUAACCAGGCCCUUUUUCUUUUAUACACAAAAGUUCCAGAUAUCCUACAGGACUGUGAAGAAAUAACCACAGAUCUGUUCAGAUCUGUAUGCCUAUAUUUUGACUUCAAAGUCACAUUGGCUUGCUUCAUAGCGAAAAAGUUAAUAAAUAACUGAAAACUUUAGUUCCAAGAACUUGUUACAGUAAAGGGAAAGGAUUAUUAUUUCAAAGGAAUCACUGAUACAGUUUCUUGACUCUAAGAAUUUAGUUUACCAAGAGAACAAAUAUGGAUGUAGUGUGAGCCGCAGUGGAUAUUUUGGUAGGAUACUGGGAGGAUGUUGCAGAGAAGUUUGACUUGAAUUCAAUGUUUGAUAAAGGUUUGCUUGGUUUCAAUUAGGGAUGCUUACCCAGUUUUUUGAUGUUUUCAAAUGUAGUCGACCUCUUGCUUUUAUGAAAUUUGAAUAAAAAGGUCUUUGCUUAAUACUA